AGCAUCCUAUCCUUCCUGCAGGUGAGGACAAUGGCCAGCCCAGAGGACGACCUCAUUGGCAUCCCCUUCCCUGAGCACAGCAGCGAGCUGCUGAGCUGCCUGAAUGAGCAACGGCAGCUGGGGCUGCUCUGUGACGUCACCAUCAAGACGCAAGGGCUGGAGUACCGCACCCACCGUGCUGUCCUUGCUGCCUCCAGCCGCUAUUUCAAGAAGCUCUUUGCAGGGCCAGGGCCAGGGCAAGAGGUCUGUGAGCUGGACUUUGUGGGGCCAGAGGCACUGGGUGCACUGCUGGAGUUUGCUUACACAGCCACGCUGACCAUAAGCAGCGCCAACAUGGGCGAGGUGCUGCGUGCUGCCCGGCUACUGGAGAUCCCCUGUGUCAUUGCUGCCUGUGUGGAGAUCCUGCAGGGCAGUGGGCUGGAGGCACCUGGCCCCGAUGAUGGCGACUGCGAACGCGCCCGCCGCUACCUGGAGGCUUUCUCCACCAUUCCCGAGGGUGAGGUGCCUGCCCCGCCACCCCCCCGCCCCACUCCCCGCCGCAGCAAGAAGACCCGCAAGUUUCUGCAAGCCUGUGGUGCCCGUCUCAACAACCAUGCUGAGGAGCCAGCCACUGAGGCUGAGGGCUCUGGCAGCCCCCCACCACCCUCCCAACUGCCCUCGCCCCCUCUGCCUGAGGGGCUGCCCCUGCCCUAUGACAGCUUUGAGCUGCCUGAGGAGGAGGAGCUGCCCCCACACUCCUUCCCCUACCAGCCCCCCCUGUCCCCUGAGGAGGCUGCUUCUGAUGAUGACGCCAUCGACCCCGACCUGAUGGCAUAUCUGAGCUCACUGCACCAUGAGUCGCUGGCACCUGGGCUGGAUAGCCCUGACAAGCUGGUGCGCAAGCGCCGCUCGCAGAUGCCCCAGGAAUGCCCUGUGUGCCACAAGGUCAUCCAUGGCGCCGGCAAGCUGCCUCGCCACAUGCGCACGCACACAGGCGAGAAGCCCUUCGCCUGCCAGGUCUGUGGGGUCCGAUUCACACGGUGA